UUGGAAUCGUAGGAAAUGAUACAUAUAUAAGCGUUCAUCUCCGCCAUCUUUUGCUUCUCAUGUGAUGGUGAUAGAUCAAGUGCACACACACAUAUAUAUACACAAACAUAAGAACCAUGUCCUCGGCAUCGUUCUCAGACACUAAGAAGGCCCCAGAGGAGUAUGUCCUCGAGGACAGAGCAUCAGCUGAAUACUCCGAAGUUGAUGGUAAAGUAAGAACUGGAUCCUUUUCUGAAGUUUCGGAGCCAGAAGGGUUCAUUUCCAAAUUCUUGUACAAGAUCAGUUUGCAGAAGAACUCCAAGCUCACCCUGAGCGAGCAAUUCCUCGUCAACAAGGAUUUACAACCUGUUCUUGAUGAAGAUGACAGACCUUGGAGAUGGUGGAACUUUGUGUUCUUUUGGGUUGCCGAUGCGUUCAACGUUAACACAUGGCAAAUUGCAGCCACCGGUGUGCAAGCUGGUCUCUCCUGGUGGGAGACUUGGAUCUCCGUUUGGUUGGGGUAUGGAUUUGUCGCAGUUUUCUUGUUUGUCUCCCAAAGAGUUGGUUCACACUACCACAUUACUUUCCCUGUGAGUUGUAGAGCGUCAUUCGGUACUUUUGGUUCCAUCUGGCCUGUCAUUAACAGAGUCGUCAUGGCUAUCAUUUGGUAUUCUGUCCAGUCCUGGAUUGGUGGCCAGUGUGUUGCACUAAUGCUCAAGGCUAUCUUUGGUGCUGACUUGGAUACCAGAAUUCCAAACGGUAUCGCAAGCUCUGGCACUACAACUUUCCAAUUUUUGUGUUACUUUUUAUUCUGUUUCUGCUCUUUACCUUUCAUCUAUUGCAGACCUCAGACGGUGAGACACUUGUUCACCGUGAAGGCUUAUGCCUGUUCUACAGCUGGUAUUGCUUUCCUCGUUUGGACCAUUGUCCGUGCUGGGGGUAUUGGUCCAGUGGUUGAUCAAAAGACCAGCUUACAUGGCUCCGACCAUGCUUGGGCUUUCAUCAACUCCACAAUGAACUGUUUGGCCAACUUUGCUACUUUGAUUGUUAACGCUCCUGAUUUCUCACGUUUGGCAAAGAGACCAUCCUCUUCUUCGUUAUCUCAGUUCUUGGCCAUUCCAAUCUGUUUUGCCCUCACAUCACUGAUCGGUAUUUUGGCAUCUUCUGCCUCCACAACAAUGUAUGGCGAGACCUACUGGUCACCAUUGGAUUUGUUGACACGUUAUGUUGAAAGUUAUACAUCUGGAGAUCGUGCUGGUGUGUUUUUCAUCUCUUUUGCAUUUGCUUUGGCCCAGGUUGGUACGAACAUUUCUGCAAACUCUUUGUCCGCUGGUACGGACGGUUCUGCUUUGCUUCCAAGAUAUGUCAACAUUAGACGUGGUGGUUUCUUCUGUGCCGCUAUCGCCUUCUGUGUCUGUCCAUGGAACUUCUUCACUACUUCAAAAAACUUCACCACUUAUCUUAGUGCUUAUUCCGUGUUCUUGUCCUCCAUCGCAGGUGUUGUCGCCGCUGAUUACUGUGCUGUUCGUAGGGGUUACAUCAACAUUUUCCACUUGUACUCAAACAACCAAAGCAUGAAUUACACUUACAACAAACUGGGUGUCAACUGGAGAGGUUAUGUUGCUUACAUUUGUGGUAUUUUACCAAAUGUUGUUGGUUUUGCUGGUGCCUGUGGUAACGAUGUCCCAGUUGGUGCAACAUAUCUGUACAACUUGUCUUUCUUCUGUGGUUACAUUACUGCAUUCUGUGUCUAUUGUGCCCUUGUCUACGUCUUCCCAGUUAGAGGUAUGCCUGAGAAGAAGUUUUUGAGUAAGCGUGGAUGGUAUGAGACAUUCAUCGACUACAAUGUUGACGACUUCACUAAGGAGAUCAAUGAAUACCAUCCAGAUGAGUACGUCAGUGGUCAAGCCAAAUGGUUUAGCUGAAUUUCUCACUAGUUAUAUUGGUUUUAAAUUUAAUAUUGUCUUUUUCAC